GGCCGACGCCCCCUCCUGUGACGUCGACGACGACCAGAACCGUUCUCACCACGAUUCCUGGCUUCCAGCAGGAAAUUCCGGCCACAUGCUGCACCACCUUGCCGCCGGUCAGCACAGCGAUUCCCAAGUACACCACAGCUCCGCCCUACGACUACGUGUGGGAAACAACCACGCUGACAACUACAGAAACCAGAAGUUCCAGCACCACAACCUCAUCUACCAGUGCAACAACGAUCAGCACGACAUCGUACACCUCAACCAGCACACAAAGUAUGCCUUGGUGGUGGAACAUGUCGUACUUCUCCACCACCACCAUCACCUCGGUCACCUCCACCUCCGUGACGCAGACCAGCAGCACCAGCUCCACUGGUACCAGUACCUCUCGCACCACCAGCACCGCGCCUUGGCCGCGGACCUCCACCAGCACCUCCAGUUCCAGCACCAGCUACAGCAACACCACGCUGGCAACGACCAGCACCACCAGCUCUUCCACCUCUUCCUCCGUCACCACAAUGACGUUCACCACCUCGACAAACACGACCUCCACAGCUACCACCACAACGACACUGUCCACGACGUCAUCGACGAAGUCGAGUACGACGAGUUUCCUUCCAGACCCUCCUGUACCCUGCUUGCC